AUGUCUGCCCCUGGAGCUGGUCACGAAUUCCCCGCCAAAGCGGUCUCUUGGCAGAAACGCGAUGUGCUGCUGUUUGCCAACAGCAUUGGCGUCAAGGCCGAUGAGCUGCAUUUCCUUUAUGAACUACACCCCAACUUCUCCGUCUUCCCGACCUACCCGUUGAUCCUGCCCUUCAAGCUCACGGACCAAGAGGUCACUAAUUUCUAUGCGCGUCAGCAGGCUGUGCACAUUCCAGGUGUGCCCGACCUGGAUCACCGUCACGGUGUUGAUGGUCAACGGAAGCUCACCGUGCUGAAGCCCCUGCCUCCCACCAGCGAGGGCCGCAAGUUUGAGCUCCGUAAUAAGGUCAUCGGCGUCUACGACAAGGGCAAGCCCGGUACCGUCAUCGAAACCGAGCAGUCCAUUGUGGAUGCCGAGACCGGUGAGGUUUACAACAAGGUCAUCACCAGCGGCUUCUUGGUUGGCCAGGGCGGCUGGGGCGGUCCUAAGGGCCCCAGUACUGUCAACUUCGCUCCGCCUCAGGGCAAGGCCCCUGAUGCUACUCACGUUAUCCAGUCGAACAUGGAAACGGCUCAUUUGUACCGUCUGAACGGUGACUACAACCCUCUCCACGCCACCCCGGAGCCUGGCCAGAAGAUGGGUUUCGGUGGAAUCAUCAUCCACGGUCUGUUCAGCUGGAACUCCGCGGCUCACGGCAUCCUGCGCGAGUUGGGUGGUAGCAACCCGGCCAACCUGAAGGAAUUCCAAGCACGCUUUGCCUCGCCUGUUCGACCUGGCGAUAAGCUCACCACUGAGAUCUGGCGCAUGGGCAAUGUGCAGGACGGAUUCGAGGAGAUUCGCUUCGUCACCAAGAACGACAAGGGCAAGGUGGUGCUGAGUAACGGCCGAUGCUUAUUGAAGGUGGUCGGCGCGAAGAGCAAGCUGUGA